AGAAUGACGACUGAGAAAAUCGUAUAUAAUAGAGGUUACUGAAGCUGGAUUUCCCUAGUCCAGCACUGCGCUUCACUCCGUACACACGCUUACCAAGGGCCUUCCGUGAACUGUUUCGAAUUAAGAGACACGAUGACGUCAUCCACAUCCAGAGUUGGCGUGUUUUCCCUUGCCUGUUUCCUGUUGAUCGCCUCUGCCUCUGCUCGCCCUCAGCUCGGGGACAUCUUGGGCUCAGUUGUGUCAACUUUCUUGGAGAAUGCAGUCAAGACCACAGAAAUCACGAUUGUUGAUAACUAUUGCGUGUUGAGCCGCAGUCCUUAUAUGAAGAGGUUUGAAGUCCAUUACAGAGCUGAUCUGAAGUGUCCCGGAUGGACUACCAUUGUCGGGAAAGGUAGAGACCACACGAACCCUACCAACUCGGAAAUGGAGGCGAUCAAGGAUUUCAUAAGACAGGCUCUUGAAAAGGGUCUCGUGACUGAUGAGGAAGCUGCACUGUAUCUCUAAGAUCCUGUUUUUUUUUUCUUUCUUUCUUUCUUUCUUUCUUCUGAAGACCAAUAGCGAUUAGAGAGGCUGUUGGUUUCCGUUGGCGUUUUCUAUUCACCGUCUAUGUCUAAGAUCGUUAAGGAAAAUAUGAUGUUUAUUUUAUGCAUGUGAUAAUUGCUAGUGGAUCGAUUUAUUUGCAAAUCGAUGAUUAUUUUUAAAGAGUGUGCAUGUCGGUAUCAAUUAGUCUAUAUGAAAAGGUGUGUUUACGUUUUAAAAGGAAAAAUUAUGAUGCAUUUAUCGAACAUGCGAAUCUUUUUGUCUAUAUAAUCCCAAAAUAACCCAAAUUGUAUAAUGAUGAAAUAAAAAUAAUAUAAACUU